AUGAGGCUUCUAAACGCGAAGACAUAUCGACUGAAGACUCAACUAGGCAGAGACAAACCGGCAUACGCCAUCCUAUCUCAUACUUGGGAAGAAGACGAAGUUCUUUACAAAGAUCUCAAAUCUGCCUCCGAAACCGACUGGGGAGCGAAAAAAGGCUUCUCCAAAAUCAAACAUGCUUGCGACCAGGCUCUGAAAGACGGUUACGACUUCAUAUGGAUCGACACUUGCUGCAUCAAUAAGGACAGCAGCGCAGGGCUCUCAGAAGCAAUUAAUUCGAUGUUUACUUGGUAUCAGGAAGCCAGUAUUUGCUACGCCUACCUAUCAGACGCGCAACAUGGAAGCACAGAAUUACUCAUACAUUGCCACUGGUUUGGUCGCGGCUGGACGCUGCAGGAGAUGAUUGCUCCAGAUCAUGUUCAUUUCUACGACAAUAACUGGAUAUACCUUGGGAGCCGUACAUCGCUCGCACUUGAUCUCAAAGAAGCUACAGGUAUUGACGAGACCAUUUUGGUACGGGGGCAUCUUGAUCAAAAGUCUCUUUCGACCUAUUUUGUACACGAAGGACUUGAUACAACAUCACGCGUCUGCAAGUACUGUGGGUCCACAAUCAAGGAGGAUGUACACAUCAUCCUGAGCAGAGUCAGCAUCGCACGGCGAAUGAAGUGGGCCUCAAAACGAGCAACAACUCGCGUAGAAGACGUUGCAUAUUGUCUAAUGGGUCUAUUUGACGUGAAUAUGCCCCUACUCUACGGCGAAGGAGAAAAGGCUUUCUUUCGACUACAAGAGCAAAUUCUCAAGAGUUCAAGAGAUCAUUCUAUUCUCGCUUUUCGAGCCGAUCCAUCGAAAAGACCAACAGGAAGAUAUGACUCUGCUAUACUAGCACCUCAUCCCAGCUACUUCCGGGACGAUAUCCAGCGUGAGUGGAUGCAUGCUGGUGGAAAUGCAAGAUUAAUUCUGUCAGAGGGUGAACUGAUGAUGGAUAUGCUCAUAUGUCCGCUGCUCUCAGGUUCUUCCUCUUUGAAUCUAUUCAGGGGCAAGCAUAUUGGGAUUCUAGAUUGCAUGAUAGGCAACGACUAUCUGUCAAGACCUGCGAUCUUAUUAGAGGCAAUCGACAAAAGCGCAAGAAGGUUCCGACGCUGCCCCAGGGAACCAUUACUGCUUCAACUGAAAGCAACUGAGUCAUCAGAUUGCAUACUAUUGAACCAAUACACUGAUCGAGAUCCCGUAGAAAAGGUGCAAUACGACGCUCGUAAAAUCAGAAGACUAGGCAUCACUAUUAGCUUUGAUAAAGUACCUGAUCGUGACGGCCCUGGUCUUGGCCUCCCACUCCGCCUCAAUUCUUUCUCUGCAGACUCUCCCAGAUACUUCACAAUGGGAAUCGCAUCACCCGCCUUCAUCGCGGACUAUAUUCCCAACAUCAAGUACAAUCACGUCGGCAUCAUAUCUUUUUACAGCUACAAAUUCGAGCACUUCUUCAUUGCAUGGGGCCGCUUAUCUAAUAGCGGUGCCGACAUCAUUUGGUGCCGAAUUUGGACGCUCUCACAAAUCUUACGCGAAAAUUUGCUAGAUUUGGACUGGACACCACAAGAUAAAGAAGUAGUUGAGGAAAUCGUGCGGUCAGUCGAACUACGUAGACCUGGUAGUUUGCUUCUUCAACCACAUCGAGCAGACAUGUGUGAUACAGAUGAUGUGUUUAUUGGAACGGCGAAUACGGUCAGACUGAGGGUGACGGUGAAGAUAUCAAAAGCGACUUUCAUAAAUCGUUCUGUCUACCAGAUGAAUGUGAGGGCGGGAAUUGCCGCAUUAAAAGCUAGUUUAAAGCAUAGUAAAAACUUAAUUUUAGUAAUAUAG